CAUCCCCCUCCCCCUCCCCCUCCCGGAGUCGAAAUUUCCCGGGGAUUAUGUUUCGGAAAGGUAGGUAAGCGCCGGGCGCGGCGCCCGCGUCCCCGCAGCCCGGACCCGGAGAGCCAGCGAGGCGGCGACACAGCCCCCGCGGCUUGCCGCGAAGCCGACAGCUCGUCUCCUCUUCUGGGGGUGCUGCUGGUGGUAGGGGGGGAGAGACUUGCUCCAAACACGGACGUCCCCCAGCUCUCCCCCCCCUCCCUGUUUUCCGUUAGGAACCCGGCGGGGAAAUACAUGCACUCGCUGAGAAUCGCCCGCGCCAGGGCACAACGCUACAAGGUGUAGGGACAGUGUGGGGUGGGGUGAGAGGGGACCCAGGAGUCCCCGUGGCUCAGAGCGCCGGGGCGUCGGUUCUUCAUUCCUGCCCUCGGGGCGGACGGAGUGACCCCGGCCCCCACUCCCCGCCCCGACCAUGGUAGUGUUCAAUGGCCUUCUUAAGAUCAAAAUCUGCGAGGCCGUGAGCUUGAAGCCCACAGCCUGGUCGCUGCGCCAUGCGGUGGGACCCCGGCCGCAGACUUUCCUUCUCGACCCCUACAUCGCCCUCAACGUGGACGACUCGCGCAUCGGCCAAACGGCCACCAAGCAGAAGACCAACAGCCCGGCCUGGCAUGACGAGUUCGUCACCGAUGUGUGCAACGGGCGCAAGAUCGAGCUGGCCGUCUUCCACGAUGCCCCCAUCGGCUACGACGACUUCGUGGCCAACUGCACCAUCCAGUUUGAGGAGCUGCUGCAGAACGGGAGCCGGCACUUCGAGGACUGGAUUGAUCUGGAGCCAGAAGGAAGAGUGUAUGUGAUCAUUGAUCUGUCGGGGUCGUCGGGUGAAGCCCCUAAAGACAAUGAAGAGCGCGUGUUCAGGGAGCGCAUGCGGCCCAGGAAGCGGCAGGGGGCCGUCAGGCGCAGGGUCCACCAGGUCAACGGCCACAAGUUCAUGGCCACCUACCUUCGGCAGCCCACCUACUGCUCCCACUGCAGAGAUUUUAUCUGGGGUGUCAUAGGAAAGCAGGGAUACCAAUGUCAAGUUUGCACUUGCGUGGUCCACAAGAGAUGCCAUGAGCUCAUAAUUACGAAGUGUGCUGGAUUAAAGAAACAGGAAACUCCCGAUGAGGUGGGCUCGCAGCGGUUCAGCGUCAACAUGCCCCACAAGUUCGGUAUCCACAACUACAAGGUCCCCACCUUCUGCGACCACUGUGGGUCCUUGCUCUGGGGCCUCUUACGACAGGGUUUGCAAUGCAAAGUCUGCAAGAUGAACGUUCACCGGCGCUGUGAGACCAACGUGGCCCCCAACUGUGGGGUGGACGCCAGAGGAAUUGCCAAAGUUCUGGCUGACCUAGGUGUUACUCCAGACAAAAUCACCAACAGCGGCCAGAGGAGGAAAAAGCUCCUUGCCGGCGCCGAGUCCCCGCAGCCCACUUCUGGAAGCUCACCAUCGGAGGAAGAUCGAUCCAAGUCAGCACCCACCUCCCCCUGUGACCAGGAAAUAAAAGAACUUGAAAACAACAUCCGGAAGGCCUUGUCUUUUGACACCCGCGGGGAGGAGCACCGCGUAGCAGGCGGCGACGGCCAGCAGGCGAGCCCCGGGGAGAACGGCGAAGUGCGGCAGGGCCAGGCCAAGCGCCUGGGUCUGGAUGAGUUCACCUUCAUCAAGGUGCUGGGCAAAGGCAGCUUUGGCAAGGUCAUGUUGGCAGAGCUGAAAGGCAAAGAUGAAGUAUAUGCUGUGAAGGUCUUAAAGAAGGAUGUCAUCCUCCAGGAUGAUGAUGUGGACUGCACGAUGACGGAGAAGAGGAUUUUGGCGCUGGCGCGGAAACACCCGUACCUAACCCAACUCUAUUGCUGCUUUCAGACCAAGGACCGCCUCUUUUUCGUCAUGGAGUAUGUAAAUGGUGGCGACCUUAUGUUCCAGAUUCAGCGCUCCCGAAAAUUCGACGAGCCUCGUUCCCGGUUCUAUGCUGCAGAGGUUACGUCAGCCCUCAUGUUCCUCCACCAACAUGGAGUCAUCUACAGGGAUUUGAAACUGGACAACAUCCUUCUGGAUGCAGAAGGUCACUGCAAGCUGGCCGACUUCGGGAUGUGCAAGGAAGGGAUUCUGAACGGUGUCACAACCACCACAUUCUGUGGAACUCCUGACUACAUUGCACCCGAGAUCCUGCAGGAGUUGGAGUAUGGCCCCUCCGUGGACUGGUGGGCCCUGGGGGUGCUGAUGUACGAGAUGAUGGCUGGGCAGCCUCCCUUCGAGGCCGACAAUGAGGACGACCUGUUCGAGUCCAUCCUCCACGAUGACGUCCUCUACCCGGUCUGGCUCAGCAAGGAGGCCGUCAGCAUCCUGAAAGCUUUCAUGACCAAGAACCCGCACAAGCGCCUGGGCUGUGUGGCGGCCCAGAACGGUGAGGACGCCAUCAAGCAGCACCCGUUCUUCAAGGAGAUCGACUGGGUACUCCUGGAGCAGAAGAAGAUCAAGCCGCCCUUCAAACCUCGAAUUAAAACCAAAAGAGACGUCAAUAACUUUGACCAAGACUUUACCCGGGAAGAGCCAGUACUCACACUCGUGGACGAAGCAAUUGUGAAGCAGAUCAACCAGGAGGAAUUCAAAGGCUUCUCCUACUUUGGUGAAGACCUGAUGCCCUGAGAAGCUGCUCCAGGUGGAGUUUGGUGAUGCUGCGGGAAGGGGUGCCAAGAAGAGUCCGAUUUCUGGAGGCUCCGAAGGCCUUGAACUGCUUCUCCUGUUCUCC